GCUCGCCGCUGCAAUUCAUCCGUUGUCCACCAGGUGGCGGCUCUACACCGACACUUUCUCUCUGAGUGAUCGGAACAACAAACCGAACGGAGCAAGCGGGGUAAGAGCGUGUCCAAAACCGCCUCUGACCGCCACUUUCAAACUACAUCCAUGAAAUAGCCGCGAAUGCGCACUUUAAAGCCACUGGAGUCCAUCUAGCGCUUCAAGAAGUCCUUAUAAACAAUCCGGAACCGACCCUGACGAUCGGGUUUAUGAGACAGAAGUACCCGCUGUUGCCCUGCGUGUAUGAAGACAAAGCCUUUGAUAAGUUGAAGUGGACCAGAAGAUGUUAAAGAAAUGAUAGCUGCACCGGAAUUACAAACAGAGUUUCAUUUUGCUCAGGACACUGACACCCGAUUCUCAUCAGACACUGAUUUCGAUGAUCCUGAUGGGAGGAAUAUCAUUAUCGGGAAGGGGAAGGCGAAGAAAGGAAAGAAGGGCCCUGGAGAGAAGGGGAAGGGAGUGGGGAAAGGGCCUGGACGCAUGAACGGUCACCACCAGGAGAACGGCAUGGAAAAUGUGAUGCUUUUUGAAGUGGUCAGGCUGGGAAAGAGUGCCAUGCAGUCGGUCGUUGAUGACUGGAUUGAGUCCUACAAACAUGACAGAGACGUCGCACUUCUCGACUUGAUCAAUUUCUUCAUCCAGUGCUCUGGCUGCAAAGGUGUUGUCUCUGGUGAGAUGUUCCGCAACAUGCAAAACUCUGAGAUCAUCAGGAAGAUGACAGAAGAGUUUGAUGAGGACAGCGGUGAUUACCCGCUCACCAUGGCCGGGCCGCAGUGGAAGAAGUUCAAGUCAAGUUUCUGCGAGUUUAUUGGUGUAUUGGUGCGGCAGUGUCAGUACAGCAUCAUCUAUGACGAGUACAUGAUGGACACGGUCAUCUCACUGCUCACCGGUCUCUCUGACUCUCAAGUCCGUGCCUUCAGACACACCAGCACACUGGCAGCUAUGAAACUGAUGACGGCCCUCGUGAAUGUAGCUCUGAACCUCAGCAUUAACAUGGACAACACUCAGCGGCAGUACGAAGCAGAGAGGAACAAGAUGAUUGGCAAGAGGGCCAACGACAGACUAGAACUCCUGCUUCAGAAACGAAAGGAGUUGCAAGAAAAUCAAGAUGAGAUUGAAAACAUGAUGAAUGCCAUUUUCAAGGGUGUCUUUGUUCACCGAUAUCGAGAUGCGAUAGCAGAGAUCCGGGCGAUCUGCAUCGAGGAGAUUGGUGUGUGGAUGAAAAUGUACAGUGAUGCAUUUCUAAACGACAGCUAUCUGAAGUACGUGGGCUGGACGAUGCACGACAAGCAAGGUGAGGUGCGUCUGAAGUGUCUCACGGCUCUGCAGGGGCUGUACCAUAACCGCGAGCUCAACGCCAGGCUGGAGCUCUUCACCAGCCGCUUCAAGGACCGCAUUGUGUCCAUGACGCUGGACAAGGAGUACGACGUCGCAGUGCAAGCAAUAAAACUGCUCACACUGGUGUUACAUAGCAGUGAUGAAGUUCUGACUGCAGAAGACUGUGAGAGUGUGUACCAUCUAGUGUAUUCAGCCCACCGACCUGUCGCAGUGGCAGCAGGAGAGUUCCUCUUUAAGAAACUGUUCAGUCAUCGAGACCCUGAAGAUGACAGCAUGCCCAAGAGACGAGGCAGACAGAGUGUGAAUGCCAACCUCAUCAAAACCGCGGUCUUUUUCUUCCUGGAGAGUGAGCUUCACGAGCAUGCAGCCUACCUAGUGGACAGCAUGUGGGACUGUGCAGCAGAGAUCCUGAAGGACUGGGAGUGCAUGAUCAGCCUACUGCUGGAUGAGCCACUGCCUGGAGAGGAAGCUCUGACGGACAGACAGGAGACUGCUCUGAUAGAGAUCAUGUUGUGCACCAUCCGUCAGGCUGCAGAGUGCCAUCCUCCUGUGGGCAGAGGCACAGGCAAGAGGGUUCUGACAGCGAAGGAGAAGAAGACUCAGCUUGAUGACCGGACGAGAAUGACCGAGAUCUUUGCUAUAUCAUUGCCAGCUUUACUUGCAAAGUACUCUGUGGAUUCAGAGAAAGUGACGAAUCUGCUGCAGCUGCCCCAGUUUUUUGAUCUGGAGAUCUAUACCACAGGGCGUUUGGAAAAGCACCUGGAUUCAUUGUUAAGACAAAUCCGAGAGAUUGUGGAGAAGCACACGGACACAGAUGUGCUCGAGGCUUGCUCUAAAACCUACCAUGCCCUGUGCAACGAGGAGUUCACUAUCUUUAACCGAGUGGAUAUCGCCCGUAGCCAGCUCUUGGAUGAGCAAGUGGACAAAUUUAACCGGCUACUGGAGGACUUCCUGCAGGAGGGUGAAGACCCAGAUGAAGAUGAUGCUUAUCAAGUUCUUUCCACACUGAAGAGGAUCACAGCUUUCCACAAUGCUCAUGACCUUUCCAAAUGGGACCUUUUCACCAGCAACUACAAGUUACUGAACACUGGUAUUGAAAACGGAGACAUGCCUGAGCAGAUUGUCAUUCACGCACUGCAGUGCACACAUUACGUCAUUCUUUGGAGCUUAGCCAAGGUCUCUGAGGGCACUUCUAAAAAGGAGGACAUGUUGACUCUGAGGAAGCAGAUGAGGGCGUUUUGUCUGAUGUGCCAGCGUUACCUAACCAGCGUCAACACGGCCGUCAAAGAGCAGGCCUUCACCAUCCUCUGUGACCUGCUGCUGAUCUUCAGCCAUCAGAUCGUCUCAGGUGGGAGGGAAGCUCUUGAGCCCUUAGUAUACAACCCCGAGGCGUCCCUGCAGUCCGAUCUUCUCAAUUUCAUCCUGGACCACGUCUUCAUUGACCAGGAUGAAGAUAGCAACAGCACAGAUGGACAGCAGGAUGAUGAAGCCGGAAAAAUCGAAGCUUUGCACAAGAGGCGAAACCUGCUGGCUGCAUACUGCAAACUCAUUAUCUACAAUGUAGUUGAGAUCAACACUGGGGCAGAUAUUUUUAAGCAAUACAUGAGGUAUUACAAUGACUAUGGUGACAUCAUCAAGGAAACCAUGAGCAAAACGAGACAGAUCGACAAAAUCCAGUGUGCAAAGACACUCAUUCUGAGCUUACAGCAGCUGUUCAAUGAGAUGCUGUCAGAUCUGGGACCCAGCUUUGACCGCUCAUCCUCAGCUUUCUGCGGCAUUAAAGAGCUCGCUCGGCGCUUCUCUCUGACAUUUGGCCUGGAUCAGGUCAAAACCAGAGAGGCCAUCGCCAUGUUACACAAGGACGGUAUUGAGUUUGCCUUCAAAGAGCCCAAUCCUCAGGGGGAGGGACAUCCUCCUCUCAACCUGGCUUUUCUUGACAUUCUCAGUGAGUUCUCAUCCAAACUCAUGCGUCAGGACAAACGGACUGUGCACAUGUAUUUGGAGCGCUUCAUGACAUUUCAGAUGGCCCUGCAGAGAGAAGACUGCUGGCUGCCGCUCAUCUCUUACAGGAACUCACUGCAGGCAGGGGGUGAUGAUGACACGAUGUCUGUGGUCAGUGGCAUCAGUAGCCGAGGCUCCUCCGUCAGGAGUAAAAAAGCUAAGCCUGCCACUGGCAAGAGGAAAUUACCAGAAGAGGAGAGCAGCAGCAGCAGUGAAAUAUGGAUGAGUCGUGAGCAGAGCAUGCAGACGCCCGUCAUGAUGCCUUCACCCCACCUCACCUCCACCAUCAUGAGAGAGCCCAAACGCCUGCGUCCUGAGGAGAGCUACAUGGGGGUGUAUACAAUGACCCCCGAUCAGCAACAACAGCACACACACCCUCAGACCCCUCAGCCACAACACCACCAAACACCCUUGGACUACAACACACAAGUCACUUGGAUGUUAGCACAGAGACAGCAGCAAGAGGAAGUGGCCAGACAGCAGCAGGAGAGAGCUAUGAACUACGCCAAAUUAAGGAGCAACCUUCAGCAUGCUAUUCGUCGAGGAACAGGCCUUAUGGAGGAUGAUGAGGAGCCAAUUGUGGAAGAUGUGAUGAUGUCAUCAGAAGGCCGAAUUGAGGAUCUUAAUGAAGGCAUGGACUUUGACACCAUGGAUAUUGAUCUGCCCCCAUCGAAGAAUCGACGAGAGCGAUCGGAACUGAAGCCCGACUUUUUCGACCCUGCCUCCAUCAUGGAUGAGUCUGUCCUGGGAGUGCCCAUGUUUUAAGAUUAUAAUUGGAGGCGUAUGAAGAGAAGAGACAUUUUGUGUGAAUUCACAUUGAUUCUCUAAAGAGAAUUAAAUUCAAUGGAGUGAUUGGCAUCCAAAUCAGCUCGUACCAUUGACGCUUACUAAAACGCAGAAAGGAUAAAGGAGCAAUUCAAAGUCUUUGUAAUCGUUGUGUGGGCUUUCCCUGAUUGUGCAAAACAGUGAGAGUAGAUACUGAAUGCCAUGGAAUCUGGGACUGUCCUAGCCAUACAUGAGUUUAUGAUAAAAAAUAUAUAUAUAAAUCUAUAUAUAUAUAUAUACAAAUAUUUCACAGUUGAACGUCAUCAUGUUUGAAGAAACAUAUGUGAGAUCUCUUGGAGUUGUGGUAUUUCUUGAAACCGGGGGUGAAUGCAUCUUUUUUAACUUAAAGACAACUUUGUUAUGUAUAGCCCUUUUGUAAUAGUGAGUAAUCUGGUGUAAAGUAGUAAUUUAUAAACAGGUUUUUGCUCAUCAUAGUGAGUAUUGAUAUAUUUUAUUCUUCUUAUCUAAUAUGUGAAAUGGAUGAAAACCUCCAGGUCUUUAUAUCUAGUAUUUAGUUUCCUUUUAUUCCACCCUUAAAAAUCAUGACAUACAACAUGAAACUUAAAUCAAAACCCACUGAGCACCCCAAAUUAUUUCUGCCUUUGGUGCAUUUUUAAUACUUUGGUGCAAUUUCAGUGACAGGAUCAGUGAUAGGUGUAUGUGAAAUACCUCAACUCUUCAGUGGGCCUGUUGCUGUCUUUGCACCAGCUGAACUGUUUUCAUGUGCCAACUGUUCUAGUAAAUCAGGCACGUAGAAUCCCAGUCGGUCCGUGGAGAUGCACAGAAAGGACUGUAAUUCUUCCGCUGAGUCACGUGGCUUAUCCAAAGAUCAGAUCUGCUCGUUUGUCCCUCUAAAAUCUAAGAUCAAGCAAAGAAGAGGAAAUCUCUCCAGUAGUGCCAUUGUGUUGUCUCUAAUAAAACAAAACUUAGUGUAGUAUGUCUGGUGGAGAUUUUCUUCUCCCUGAUUAGAGCGAUGUAGACAUAUACAUUUAAAUAAAGUUAUAUAUAAAUAUAUAAAUUGGUGCUGAUUUUCUAAUUGUGCUUUAGUUUUUUUUUUUCCUCUUAUUUUUAAAACUCCUAUUUAGAGUUAAAAGGUUUUGAAAUGUAUAAGAGCAUGACUAAACAUGAAAGUGUGUAGCCAUGCAGCAAGUAAAGUUUUGAGAUUUUAUAUAUAUUUUUUCCCCUUCUUAUUUCGUGUGUAUUAUUUGAAUCCUUUUUUUUUUCGGUCAGUCUUAAGUUUUUAGGUUUCAGCUUUUUCCUAAUUGUAAAUUAGUUUGGUUGAAAAUCAUGGACAGAACUGUUUCAUUCAGCUAAGUUUGGUUUUCCAGAUAUGAAAUAUUUGAAGUGUAACAAUGACAUCCUAUGAGAUCCUUUAAUGUUACAGCAUUGCAUUCGGCAGCUCUAUGAAGCUUGAUUAAUACAUUAACUUAUAUUGCAGACGUGCAUUUUGUCUGGCGUAUACUUUUUUUAAUCAUUCCAUGCCUUGGCCUUAAAACAUCCUUGUUUUAAAAAGGAAAAGAAGGUGGUAGUCAAACAUAAAUCUUCCAUGUUGAAACUUUUAUGUAAGGUACAUUGAAAACUUUUCACAUCAGAAAAGGAACAGUGCAUUUCUAAAAUGGCAUGAGUGUAAUUAUUUAAAAGAAGGUGUGCAGACAGAUUUUAAGUUUAUGAAAGUAAAUGCCCUUCGGCUUGAACUGUCUUCUGUUCCUCACCACUACAUUAAUUAAACUGCUGAAUAGACUGUGUAAAUAUACAUGCAUUUAAACGUAAAGCUUAAUUUUCUAGUGCUUUUUUCUGUUAACAUUUAAAACAUAAUAUCACUCUUUCCUGUUCAGAGAUAUAAACUCAUACAUAACCGUUUCCUUGUCCUCUGUCAUCCACUGUUAAUGUUUCUGAUUUGUAUCUGUCUGGAGACAGUAAGUUUUUUUUGAAUAAAAGUAAACAAAUCUU